AUGGUGCUCGCUAUGUCGCCGUCUCUGACUGCUUCGUGCACCGCCAAUGGCGGUGGCGAGGCUAGGCUCACGGCGUUCAUGGAAGGCAUCAAGUGGCACACAGAAGACGACGCCGCGGUGCGCCGCUCCGUCCUGCUUCGAAUAUUGCUUGUGCUCAAGCAAAAGUAUGGUAAAGUUGAUGCGCGUAUCUCCAACAUCGCCCGCCGCGCUGAGCUUGCCCUGUACACCCGAGCGCAUACGCGUGACGAAUACGGCAAUCCACGCACUUUGUCCAAGCGUCUCCAUGUACUCAUUGUCAAGCUGUACGCUCAUCAAAGCGGUGUGGCGGCCAAGCUGAAACGACCGACACCAGUCUUCCCGGAAUCGACUUCACGAAGCAACAAGCGCCGGUGCCUCCCAACGAACUCCGACAUGCUCUUGGAUGGACACGACGGUGUGAUUCGUCUCGUCACGUCUUUCCUCGACACACCGUCACUCGUUGCUUUGUCGUCCACGACCCACCGCGCGCGAAAUUUCAUUCCUCAGUGCGUGACUACCCUACGACUAGCGGCAUCCAAUCUCCCUUGCAUGACACCAAUGUCGUGGAUGGCUCAAUUUCCCAACGUCGAGUCGGUGACCCUGGUCGGCGACAACCGGUUCGGAUUCGGAGAAAUUGCCAUGGAGCAUAUCGACAUACGGUCGAAUACGUCGGUCGAAUGGCUUCUCACGGCUAUUCAAGCCGCGCUGCCGCUACCCCGCCUGGAAGCACUAGCACUCCAGCACGUCUUUUGCGACGGGCUCGACGAUCCAUUCACGUCGACUGUGGCGGCGCUGGUGCCGAUGUUACCUUCAUUGCGCCACCUAGUACUGGUUGGCAACUGCAUCACUGAUGUCGGCGCGUUACACUUGGCCACGACCGCCGCAGCCUCGUUGAGCACUCUCAAUUUGAACAACAACUUUAUUGGCGAGCGCGGUGUUGCCGCAUUACGUAGCGUGCCCGCCUCGUGCCACGUCACGAUGGCCGACAAUCUUGCGCUCUCGAGCUGCUGACGAGUUUGUGGACGCAAGUGUUAUUUAUCAAAUCACGUUGUUGCCGUC